CUUACAUAUUUUUUAACAAUAAUGGAGGAUAUGAAUUGUAGAAGGAAUAAAAAAUCAGUUUAAUUAAUUAAAAUAAUCGUACUUAUAUUUGUUAAUCACUUAAAUAAAACGUUCAUUGUUUUAGUUGUUCAUUAGUUGUAUGUUGAUAUUGAAUGGUGUACGAUUUUUAGUUGUUUUUAUAUAAUGGAAGCUGAAUAUGAAGAAGGCACCGAAUAUGUUCCAAAAGCGGGUUCAAAAGCCAGUAAUAUUCUACCGUUAUGGGGAAAUGAGCGUACGAUGAAUUUGAAUCCAUUAAUUUUAACAAAUAUACAAAGUUCACACUACUUCAAAGUAAAUUUAUAUGAAUUAAAAACGUAUCACGAAGUGGUCGACGAAAUAUAUUAUAAAGUAUCACAUCUCGAACCAUGGGAGAAAGGUUCACGUCGAACUUCUGGACAAACAGGCAUGUGUGGGGGAGUACGAGGUGUUGGAGCCGGCGGUAUAGUUUCAACAGCAUAUUGUUUAUUAUAUAAAUUAUUUACAUUAAAAUUAACUCGUAAACAAUUGAAUGGACUACUGACGCAUUGUGAUUCACCGUAUAUACGUGCGUUAGGCUUUAUGUACAUACGUUACACGCAGCAUCCACAAAAUUUAUUGGAUUGGUUUGAUCCGUAUUUGGAAGACGAGGAGGAGCUUGAUGUGAAAGCUGGCGGUGGGCAAAAUAUGACAAUUGGCCAAAUGCUACGUCAGUGGUUAAUAAAAUUGGAAUGGUUUUCCACAUUAUUUCCACGUAUUCCAGUUCCAAUACAACAACGCUUGCAAAAACAUCUACAAGAGCGUUUUCCUAAUGGUAUUAUGGUUGGACCAAAUAAACCAACAGCAGAUGAUCAUGGCUCGGUAGGACGAGCCACAUCCAGUACGAAUCGUAACGAUGAUCUCAGGGACAGAGCAACACGUGAUCGUGAAAUAUAUCGUGAUCGUGGUUCAGAGCAUAGUUUUCUCAGGGACAGAAGCCGUGAUGUCGAUGUAGAUAGAGAUAAAUAUAGAGAUAAUGAUCGUUAUCGUGAACGAUAUCGUGGCAAUCAUGAUUAUGAACGAAUACGCGAGCGAAGCCGAGAUCGCGAAGUGAGACGCGACCGUGAACGACCUCAUAGCAGUAGCAAACAUCGCGACAGACAUCAUCACAGUAGUCGCGAACGUGAAAAGUAUCGUGAUCGUAGUCGUGAUCGCAGUAGAGAACGUAGUCGAGAUGAACGAGAAGAUUAUAGCAGGGACAGAGAACGAAGUGGUUAUGAGAGUAAAAAAUCCCGACGGUGAAAAUUUAUUAUAUUUUCAUUAUUGUAUGUAAAA